AUGCGUCGACAAGACCCAACAAUCCAUCGACCAGCACCGAAUCCAAGCGAUCUUUACACUGUUAUGUUUGUGACAUGCUACUCGGAAGGUGAAUCUGCACUUCGUACAACACUCGAUUCGCUUGCCCUAACUGAUUAUGAUGACUGCAAAAAGAUUUUGUUUGUUGUUGCUGAUGGGAUUGUCAAGGGUUCUGAUAAUCAAAUAUCUACGCCUGAUAUUCUGAUUAGCAUGAUGCAUCACGAUGAAGCAUUUGGGAAUUCUCCUGAAGCGUUUUCUUAUGUUUCGAUUGCUACCGGAACCAAACAACAUAAUAUGGCUCGAGUGUAUUGUGGAUCCUAUAGCGUUCAUGGUCGUCACAUUCCAAUGGUGCUGAUCAUCAAAUGUGGUACAGAAUAUGAAGCUGGACAGUCCAAACCAGGAAACCGUGGAAAGCGGGAUUCUCAGAUGAUUUUGAUGAACUUUUUUUCCCGGAUUGUUCUUUACGAUCGCAUGACUCCACUCGACUACGAUAUCUUCCGCAAGAUCCAUUACUUGACGGGUGUUACUCCAGAUGUCUAUGAGCUUGUUCUUAUGGUGGAUGCCGACACUCGUGUUGCACCCGACUCGCUUAGAUUUAUGGUGAAUGCAAUGCAUAACGAACCUCGUAUAAUGGGUUUGUGCGGGGAAACACGCAUUGCCAACAAAAAAGACUCGUGGGUAACCAUGAUUCAAGUUUUCGAGUAUUUUAUUUCGCAUCAUCUUGGAAAAGCGUUCGAGUCUGUGUUUGGUGGUGUGACGUGUUUACCUGGCUGUUUCUGCAUGUACCGUCUCAAAACAGUCAAGGACGGUUCAGUUUUGCCUGUUCUUGUCAAUCCUGAUAUCAUUGAACAAUACGCCACGAACGAAGCAUUUACUCUCCAUCAAAAAAAUCUAUUGCUGUUGGGCGAGGAUCGGUUUUUGAGUACGUUGAUGCUGAGAACGUUUCCCAAGCGGCUGAUGAUGUUUGUUCCAGCGGCAUAUUGCAAAACAACUGUGCCUGACAAGUUUUCUGUGCUGCUUUCGCAACGACGUAGAUGGAUCAAUUCGACUGUCCAUAAUUUGAUGGAGUUGGUAUUUGUCAAUAAUCUAUGUGGCACAUUUUGUUUUUCGAUGCAGUUUGUUGUGUUUAUGGACCUUCUUGGCACUGCAGUUCUUCCAGCUAGUUUAGUCUGCACGUAUUACUUGAUCAUCUAUGCCAUCGUAUAUCCUAUGCCAUACAACAUCACGUCGUUUCUCAACCUUUUUGUCAUGAUCAUCACAAUAUUUUUGCCCAUGCUUCUUGUAUUGUUGUCAGGUCGUCGAGUUCACUAUGUGCUUUGGAUGUUUGUAUAUCUGUUUACUCUUCCCAUAUGGCAGAUUGUAUUUCCUCUAUACUCGUUUUGGUAUUUUGAUGAUUUUAGUUGGGGCGAGACUAGAAAAGUGACUGGUGAUGGACAUGAGGUAUCAAAUGCUGGUGCUCAACAUGAUGAUGAGCAAUUACACGGACUGUUUGAUGGAUCCCGUAUUCCGUUCCGUCGAUGGGAUGAAUAUGAACGUGAAGCCAGGUUCGAACAAAGAAAACAUAUACUCAGCAUGACUGAACCACAUUCUCAACCAACUCAAACCCAAUCGUGA